UCCGAGCCGAACGGUUGUACGCACGGACGCAGCCCGGCGACCGAAUCUACGAUACGAUUUCGUACCACGCAUUUCGUAACAUAGUUUUUGCCCUUAAUCGAAAGUAUUCACUGUCAUAUUUCGCUAUUGCCUAUUCUCCGAAAUAAUCGCAUGUAUUAAUACGAUUAUUUCGAACUUGUGACAAGUGACACGUAAUCGCGUAUGUGGUGAUCGAUUGUCAUUCAGUCUAAACAGUGACUCUGUGGAUUUCUCAAGUUGGCGUUUUGACGUUUCUCCGAGGGAAUUCGAGUGGCAGAAAGCAUCGUGUCAUCCGGUACUCACCGGUGAUGCAUCACUGUCGCAUCGAGCGUGUAGAAGAAACGACUGGCAAAUCGACUCACCAAUCGCCGAGUAUAAUGCCCGCGUAACGAGCAACCGACGAUCGAGAAAGCCAGAGUGAACGGAAGCUCAAGUAGGGGAAAGAAGAAACUGACAAGCGUUAGCCGUAGAGCAUCGUCGAGCACGGGAGAGUGCAAAGCGACACGCGUUUCGCAGCCCGAGUAUACACGCGUAUGUAACACGCGUACAGCCACGGAGCGAUAUCUGUGCACAACGUGAGAGUUAGAUUAAUGAUCAGCGAUUAGAAGUAGUCGAUUAGAGGGACAUUGGACGGAGAGUGAAACGCGGCAUAUAGGAAAUUGGUAAAUGACUUUGGCCGUACUGUCGCUGGACGCGCUUCCCGCGGCAAGGACCACGUACCCGCGUCGGGUACGGUAGAAACUAGGGCACAGACCAGCGUCAAGAUAAAGUCAGUGAGAGCGGUGCCCCAGGAUGCGCAGGAACGGGUGGUGCCGUUAGUGGUGUCCAACAGCUUGUCGGAGGGGCGCGUAGAACGAGAAGGGGGCCACGAACACGGCCCCCAAAAGGGCCUGCUGGAUGGUCUAGCUCACGAGCAGCCAUCGUCAGUACCCGGUGGUGGAUCGCGGAUCGACUCUAUAGAGGCAGACCGCGAAAAGAUCGUCGAGAUAUCGACGGAGGACCUUGGUACCGCGUGUGGUCCAGGUCAGAGGGACGUGGAUGCUGGUCAAAGAACGAGCUUCACGGUGGACGAGCAAUCGAACAGUAUCGUUGUUGGGCAAUCGAAAGCCUGCGAGGCGUUGAGGAUCGAGGAUCGCGGCGGUGGCGUGACGUUGACGGAGACGCCUGUGUUGGUCCAUCAGUGGCGUCAUCAGGAGGCAGCGUUGGAUCUGCAGUUGAUAGCCGACAACGGAUCGGGGGUCCGUUCGAAGCGACCGAGAAACACGUCGUCGUCGGCCGAUAGCGUGGUCGUUGGUGAACCGUACGAGGGCCGGGGAGUGUGUCAGGCGCAUAGGCAGCGGGCGACUGGCGUUUCGGGCAGACAUCACGUGGACGGCGCGCGAAGGAAUUCGAAUCGAUCGUGUCGGGUUCAUGGUCGAAGGAGAGAUCGAUCGCGAGGAAAAGCCACGGAACGACAUCAGAGUCAGAAUACACGGGAUUUGACGUCAAACGAGUUCGAGUGCUCUGUUAUACGAUUGGAACAGGAUCCUAUUCUCGAGCCGGUACGGAUACUCGGUUGUCCACCAGCCGAAGGAUUGGAAAUCUCGUCGUUCUUGGAGCCGGCGCCCAAUUACGUUUAUCCGGGCAUCAACGUCGGUCGGCUGGCGGGCAACGAGGCAGCCUGCUUCAGUCUGUACGAUCCGAACAAUAUUCGGCCGAAGAGCCGGGCCGGGAGCAUCGCCAAAAUCCUCGAGGGACCUAAUCGUGCUGUGAAGGACAUUAAUCGGAAGGUCUUGGCGAUGGCACGUGCCAUGACGCCGGCUUGGUCGCUGCGUUUGCUCGGCGUCAGCUGCGGUUCCGUGGUCUGCGCCUGGGGACUUCUGCUGAUAUUGUCCGUGCUGGGCGGUGGCGCCUCUCAUGGUACCGCCCUCGGUAACUUCGGUCUCGGAAGUUUGUCGGGUACGAUGGAGGAGAUGAACAGUGGUAGAUGCCCGUGGUUGUGCACGUGUACCGGUCAAGAGGUCGACUGCUCUCAACAGGGACUCACGCAGAUUCCUGGGGACCUGGCCAGCCUUCUUCUCGCCGAAAAACUGGACCUCCAAGGGAACAAUAUCUCGGUGAUAUUCAAGACGGACUUUGAGGACAUGGCCACGCUUCACGUUCUUUGCCUAUCGAAUAAUCAAAUUCACACCAUAGAAAGAGGUGCCUUCCAGGAUUUAGUCGGUGUCGAGAAGCUACGUCUGAACAAUAAUCAAAUACGUCACAUCCCCGAUCUUCUCUUUAGCAACAUGAUGAAUUUAAAGCGCCUAGACCUUAGCCACAAUCAAAUUGCCACGAUUGGACCAAAGACACUCAGAGGGAUUUCAUCCCUAAAGUAUUUGUAUCUCGACAACAAUGUGUUAACCUGCAUUGACGAGGCAUCGAUACGAGAGCUAAAGGAUUUGGAAGUACUAAUGUUGAACAACAAUAAGUUAACGACAUUAGGCAAAGAAAUGCUCAGUGGCUUUUCGCAUUUACGAACAUUAAAGCUGGUGGAUAACCCAUUAUCUUGCGAUUGUCACUUAGCUUGGCUCUCUCGACAUUUAAAAACUUAUCCGAGGCUUGGACAACACACGCGAUGCAGCUCUCCAAUUCAUUUGAAGGAUCGAAAUAUCGCUGAUUUACAGGAGCACGAAUUCAAGUGUUCCGGGCUGGUUGAGCGAACAGGAUCAGAGUGCAGCGCGGAACCGCAGUGCCCGCAUCCUUGCAGAUGCGCUGAUGGUAUCGUCGACUGCAGAGAGAAUUCUUUAACGAAAGUACCCACCCAUCUGCCGGAGGAUACCACAGAACUACGUUUGGAGCAGAACCGUAUCACGGAAAUCCCGCCGAAGGCUUUCUCCCCGUACAGAAAACUGCGCAGAAUCGACCUCAGCAACAAUCAAAUUAAAAAGGUGGCGGCCGACGCGUUCCACGGCUUGAAAUCGUUGGAGUCACUUGUGCUGUAUGGAAACAAGAUCACCGAAUUACCUGGUGGGUUGUUCCAAGGCUUGACCAAUUUGCAGUUACUGCUGCUGAACGCGAACGAGAUAUCCUGCAUACGAACCGAUCUGUUCCGAGAUCUGACCAGCCUGACUCUGUUGUCGCUCUACGAUAACAACAUCAGAUCCCUGGCCAAUGGAACUUUCGCCAAUCUACGAAGCAUUGAAACGCUGCAUUUGGCAAGAAACCCGUUCAUCUGCGACUGCAAUCUACGAUGGCUGAACGCGUAUCUUCACGCGCACCCCAUCGAGACGUCGGGAGCCAAGUGCGAGUCGCCGAAGAGGGCGCAGAAGCGGAAGAUCGAUUCGAUGCGGGACGACAAGUUCAAAUGUAAGGGCGACGAGGAGCUCUUGACGAAGAGAGCUGGCGAGUGUAUCCUGCCUGGAGAAUGUCCAGAACCGUGCAUUUGCAACGGAGCGACCAUCGAUUGCUCGAACAAGAAACUAACAUCGAUACCAAAAGAACUACCGAUCUACACGUCCACCUUACUGUUGGCCAACAAUGAGCUGGAUAAGAUCAAAGCGGAUGGCGUGUUCGAGAAGCUGCCGGAGCUGCAGCAUCUGGACCUCAGGAAAAAUAAAAUCUCGCGCAUCGAGGCCUCUGCGUUUUCAGGCGCUCACAAACUCACCGACUUACUCUUAUCGGAGAACAGGCUGAGGGAAGUUCACAACAAGAUGUUCACCGGCCUGACGAAUCUUAAGACGCUGAACCUGCACGGAAACGCUAUAACCUGUGUUAUGCACGGCUCGUUCGACGGAUUGACGCACAUACGCACCAUCAACAUGCAAAGCAAUCCUUUGUCGUGUAAUUGUCAUCUCGCGUGGUUCGCCGGAUGGCUGAGAAAACGCGACAUGUCUGGCAUUGUGGGACACUGUCACGACCCUCCACGAUUGAAGAGCGCUAUCAUCAAAGAUAUACCCCAUCACGAGUUCAAAUGCAACAACGACAGCGUGGGUUGCCUAGGUGACGAUUACUGUCCACCCCAAUGUAAUUGCGCCGGGUCAGUGGUGAGAUGUUCGAGGUCUCAGCUUACAGAGAUUCCACGUGGGAUUCCGCCGGAAACCACCGAGCUGUAUUUGGACGUGAACGACAUCAAGACGAUCCAGCCUGAGAGACUGAACCACCUGAGGAUUCUCACUAGACUAGACCUAAGCAACAAUCAGAUUGGGAUGCUGUCCAACGAUACCUUCAGGAACCUCACCAAACUGUCCCACCUAAUUAUCAGCUACAAUAAGCUGCAGUGUGUCCAGCGGAAUGCCCUGGCCGGCUUGAAAUCGUUGCGGAUAAUGUCUCUACACGGUAACGACAUAUCGGUGAUCCCUGAGGGCGCGUUCGAGGAUCUUCAAUCUAUAACACACCUCGCUCUGGGGUCCAACCCGCUCUACUGCGACUGCAGCAUGCGAUGGUUGGCCGAAUGGGUGAAGAAGGAUUACGUGGAGGCCGGUAUCGCGAGAUGCAUGGAGCCACCAGCGAUGAGGGACAAGCUGUUGCUUACGACACCUGCGACCGCAUUCCAAUGCAAAACCAACCAACAGCCAGCCGAAGUCCUGGCCAAGUGCGACUUGUGCUACACCUCGCCAUGCCAGAACGGAGGAUUUUGCGAGGCGCUCCCGGACCGGAAGUUCCGUUGCAAAUGCGCGCCAGGAUAUCAUGGGGACCGGUGUGAACAUAAAAUUGACGCGUGCUAUGGAAAUCCUUGCCGGAACGCCGGAACUUGUAAAGUAUUGGAAGAAGGAAGAUUCAGUUGCGACUGCGCCCCCGGGUACAAGGGACUUCGAUGCGAGAACAACGUCGACGACUGCGAGAACAACAAGUGCGCGAAUAACGCAACCUGCGUCGACCUCGUACAGGCCUACAGAUGCGACUGCACCCCAGGAUUCAUGGGCGAGUAUUGCGAGGAGAAGAUACCCUUUUGCACAAAAGGGCACGACCCCUGCGAGAACGGGGGUCGCUGCGUCGACCACGGGACCCACUAUAGCUGCGAAUGCCCAAUCGGGUUCAUCGGCCUCAAUUGUUCCACCAACCUGGAUGACUGCGUUGAUCAUAUGUGCCAGAACGGUGCUACUUGCAUCGACGGCAUAAACAAUUACGAAUGUAAGUGCGCGGCGGAAUAUACAGGCAGAUAUUGCGAGGCAGCACCCUCGACAGCCAUGCUCUAUCCACAAACUAGUCCAUGUGCGCACCAUGACUGUCAGCACGGUGCAUGCUUCCAACCUGCUCCUGCUUCCGCCGCGGACUAUCUUUGCCAGUGCCACCCCGGCUACACCGGAAAACGAUGCGAGUACCUGACGAGUUUGAGCUUCGUGGACAACAGCUCGCUGGUCGAGCUGGAGCCGCUACGCAUGAGGCCCGAAGCGAACGUGACCAUCGUCUUCACGACCACGCAGGAAAACGGGGUUCUCCUCUACGACGGCCAAAACGGUGAUCACAUCGCCGUCGAAUUGUUUAAUGGCCGUGUCAGAGUCUCAUACGACGUGGGUAACUACCCAACCUCGACGAUGUACAGCUACGAAAUGAUCGCCGAUGGUAAACCUCACGUGGCUGAGCUUCUUGCGAUCAAGAAGAACUUCACGAUGAGGGUCGACCGUGGCCCUGCUAGAAGCAUUAUUAACGAGGGUCCCAAGGAGUACCUGAAACUCAUCACGCCUAUGUACGUUGGCGGCGUCGCCCCGGAAGUCGCCAACAUCGCGUUUACAGAGUUUCAUCUGAGGAACAUCACUAGCUUCCAAGGCUGCAUCACCGAGAUGUGGAUCAAUCACAAAUUGGUAGAUUUUAGCAACGCGGCAAAGAUGCACCGCGUAACUCCCGGAUGCAUGUCGAACGAGGAAGAAGCUGACGAGGCGCGAGACGUCAUGGAAGCGGAAGGAAUUAUGGGCGGCAGCAGCAACGAGGAAUCGAUGCCACAAGAGAAUAUGGCUCACGAACACUCCGACAUCGUUAUGACAGGACCCGGCGCGAUAAUUUCCGAUCCCUGUGCGACACACGAGUGCAGAAAAGGUUCGCAGUGCGUGCCAUCGCCAAUGGGAAACGGAUAUACGUGCCGGUGUCAAACUGGGUGGCAAGGACGGUAUUGCGAGAAAGCACCGACGUGUCGCAAAGAGCACACCAGAGAGUAUUACAGCGAGAACGGAUGUCGGAGUCGACGACCAGUGAAACUUGCCAAGUGUUGGGGUAGUUGUGGCAACUCAUGCUGCCUCCCACGGAAGACGAAACGGCGUAAGGUUCGAUUGAUCUGCGUCGACGGUAUGCGGUACACGAAGGACGUCGAUCUAGUGCGCAAAUGUACGUGCACCCGGAAAUGUUACUAGCCAGGACCGAGGGACGUCGAGCGCCACAGGUGUUCCAUAAAUACGCGUCGAGACGUAUCGAGACCGAGAGGAAACCCCCGAGAACCGAGACAGUGUCCCAAUUCGAACUUUCUACGUUCACGAGCGAUAUGGCGAGAGUCGAUCGCCGAUAUGCGGAUAAAAACCUUGCUCGACGCAUCCUCGUCGAACGCGUGACGAAAGCAUUGGGGCCGACGGCAUUGCCAGGCCGAACAAUAUUUAAAACAAGUAUCGAAGAUAAAAAGAAAAGAAAAAGAUGGACACACACUCGCAAAAAUACAGCACACAGCCGGCUCAGUGUGAUAUAUAUUCGAACGUGGAGGAAAGAAUUAUAUUGUGCGUGCGUGCGGAUCAUGGACAUAUUCGAAGGAUAUUCGGGGAGAGAACAGUAACGACGCAUACAGCGCUAGGUAUUAUAUUAACCGACGUAUGUUCAACAAUUUUUGGAGUGGAAAGUGGAAAUUUUGGUGCGAGAACACGGACCGCAGACGACACACGCGUGUUCGCGCAUAUUCGCAGAAACCACGCGCAUGAAUCGUUCGCUCAGUGUGAAAUAGAUCUAAUGGAUAUGAACGGUUAGUGGUGAGUUGGUGGUGGUGGAUUAUGUUACGAUCGAAUGUAAAAAAAUUCACGCUUAACGUUGACCGAUCUCUCAGAGAUUUCUCCUCGUUCGACGCGUUUCGAUCACGAGCGACGUCAAACGGGAGGCAAUCCUUUUAGCUCGAAAGAAAAAUACGAGAACACGGUGGACGUAACAAUUUUUCGAAUAAUCGUUCUAGAGAAUGUUGUUAACCAAAUUCACGAAAACCUUCGUUGUAUGUUCAGUGUGGCAAGCUUCGGUUUUUCGAUGUGAACAAGAAUUUAGUCUGAGAGGUCGAGAUUUAUCGCUGAAGAAACGUUUCCGCCAGAAACGGUGGAGAUUGUGAACGCUUACGCUAGCGUUGCUGAGCUUUCUGCAACUAUUUUCCGAAACCUGACCAUUUGUAACUGUAACUUAAGCGCAACUCAAUCGAAAAAAAGAGAAACGAACGCAAGCAAGAUGUUAACAAAUGUGUAAAAGACAGCCGCGUAAGUAUUAAAGAUGUAUAGGAAGUUUACGUGUUUCUCUGAAAAAAAAAUAUUCAAUUUUCCCAGUUAAUCGUGGAACUUGAUGGAUUGUUAGGUCUAUUGUCCUCUGAGUAAACGUUUAUAUAAAACAAGUUCUCGAACAGGUAGUUAUGUUUACACCGGUUAAAAACGAUCGAUAUCUGGCAGAUGAUUCUCGAAUAAUACACACACAUGCACAUACACAAACACACACUGAAAGAUUAAUUGUAAUUGGAUCGACAAACAUUUCCAUUUCGACUCGUUUCGUUUUGUUAUCGCGUAUUUUAAUCCUGUAUCGUUUAAGCUAUAUUUACUUUUUAUGAAGAUUUAACCUCUCGGUAUUUAGUAGUGGGAUAAUUUAACGCAGCGGAGUAAAGUAUAUAUUUAAAAAGACGUGCCGCGUGUUUCUUGCCUUUUUCGAACGUUUCGUUGCAAUAUUGGCGAUUCUCUAUGGUAAAAUUACUAUUUGACACGAUUAUAACGUUGGUUUAUUCGAAAAGUGAGCCAACUAUCAAACAACGAUCAAAUUUUGUUAAAUAAAUUAGGCUUAAGGGUUUUGAAGUUCUCUAGUAAAAAAAGAUUGAAAUAGCGUUAUUUUGAAUGGCGAUAUUGCUUCUAUUAGAUAAUUUAAUGCAAUAAUUUUAUUUUCUAAUUGUUUCCUAAUAAAUAAUCGAUAUCUCUUCUAGUUAAUCUUUACAGAUAUCUAAAAAUUCUCAAGUUUUCAAUUCUUUUAUCAAAUCAACGAAUAUAUUUUUCUAUUUUAAAAAAAAGCAACCUUAAAUAAUUAAAUAGAGCUAAGGCGAUUUCCUUUCGCAAUAUAAUGUUCAAUAAAAGGCAAGAAAUCACCAGAGGUAAACCAAGGUCUCUGAAAAAGGACCAAAAGCGACACCUAGAGCCUCGAAUAUUUCAUUCCACGGCCUAAGGUACUGUCUUCGAGGUUCGAUCGCGCGAAUUGCAUCUUUGGGUAGUCGCGUUGAAGAAGAACAGGUCGACGAAAUUCGACGACCUCGUGUAGAAAGACGAAUUGUAAUGGUGAAGAAUAAAAUGAGCGUAGCUAACGCGAGUUUGGGGUCAGAGGAUCGCGUAAUUAUUUUUAUAUGAGCGCAUUAUUUAAAUGAUCGAGCGUCAACGAUGAGUUUUCUGAUUGUUUUCAUCGGGGGAGGCGUGAUUCGUUCGGAAACUACUUAAGUCCCUUUUAAUGUUUCGCGUACCUAUUUAAAGAAAUCGUGUACCUACUCUGCGGAUAACUGCCUUGCAUCUUCCACUGCCAGUAUUUAAGUCGUAUAUUUAUAUCCGUCGUUACGAACGACCCAAAUCGCUUGCUGGAUCUAUUGUCAUCGAUCGAUUGUUCUUCUCACACUUUCAAACACCACUCUUGUAGAACCCGAUUUGUUCGAAGCAAACGAACUUUCUACAGUGCACAAUCGAGCCCUUUGCACUUUGAACUUCGCAGGAAGAUGACCUCGUUUGAUUUGAAUAUUUGAUUCAUCCUAUCUUUUAACCAUUUAAUUCUUCUCCCUCUUACUAUUUCUAUUAAAAUCCGUCGUAUCUAAGAGGAAUUAGUACAUUUUCUUUUUAUCAUUUUAACAUCAAAGAAGUUAUGUUCAUUUUUUACAAUUUGGAAUACAGAGAGCAAAAGAACCUACUACAAAAACACGAUUGUCCCUUUUGUAUUUUGAUCUUCAUAAGGAGAUGAUUUUGUUUGAUUAGAAUAUUUAAUCAGCUGAAUUUGUAAAAUAUCUGAUUCUUUUUCUUUUUAUCGUUUUUAUAUAAAAAAAAAAGAAUGAGUAGGCUAGGUUCAUUUUCUUCGAAGGUAAUUUAAAGCACAAAGGGUAAAGGAAUUCUCUAUAGAGUACGAUCGAGCCCUUUGUACUUUUACUUCUACGAGCUUAGAUCAGCUUAUUUGAUUCAAAUUUUUGACCCAUUGAAUCUUUCAAGAAUUUGAUUUCUCUUUCAUUUCUUAUUUUUGUUAAGAAAGGCGAGAGAAAGAUUUAGGUUCAUCUUCUUGGAAGACAAUUUAAAACACAAAGGGUUAAUUCAGUCGACAAAAUACUCAGCAGUACGUGCACGGUGUUCAGCGUUUUCCAACCCUUUCGGUACGAGCGAUACUUUUACUUUAGAGAACGAAAUCGAUGCCUGAACGAAAACGAGUCGAAUGCCCGCUGCGAUUCUCCGAUCUAGACGUUGGAUAAUUCACCAAUUUUCUUUAGAUUUUUUUAUAUUGAACGAUUUUGUAAUCUUUGUACGUUAAGGAUUAAUUAAGUUAAUAUAUUACUUGUAUUCGAAGUUACACGAGUUAUUCGUGUAAUUUUCUACGUUUAUAUAAUAUGAAUUUUUGUAGAAAGUGUAAAAUGAGCGAAUAUUUAUGAAAUAAAUAUUUAUCGAGAAGGUUCGAAUUAUCGAUUACAAUUGAAAGUCGUACCGAAAGGGGACCAACGAGAAAAAAGAAAUCAAUCUUUCUUAUUAUAUUUAGAUUAGAUCGUAUUAUAGUCAUUCGUAUAAUUUUUAAGCACGACGAAUUAAUAUCUUUAUUUCAUGUUAUCGUCACUUCUACUAAUAUCUUCGAUUACUUCUUAAUCGCGUUCGGUUCGUAUAGAAUUCUUUAAGAUCGAAUUAUUUUACUAUUUGUCCAUUCGUUUCUUUCAAAUGAGGGUAUCGGAAAAAAAAAAGUGGAGGAAGAAGCAAAAACGAGACGAAGCUUAUAUCGUAGCGAUCACGUCGAAUGUGUUACUUAUCGUUAUUGAUUUUCUUUUUCUCUUUGUAUGCAGUAGAAGGAAAAAGGUAAUAGGUGUACCAUAGCGACAUAUUUUACGAGUUCAUAGUAUUAGUAGUAACAUAAGUUGCCUAUCGCGUUGCGUUUGGAAAAUUGUUUCUUUGAAAUUGCUGAAAAUUUAGUUUCACAGCCACAGGUCACUGGAAAUUGUUGUUGUUGUUAACACGUUGUUCGUUAAUCCAGAAUUUUAUACAUUUCUUUAGGACAUAACUUUCUUUUUUAAGUACAACUUUUCAACUUACAACACGCGUAAAUUUCCAUAAUAUAUGGUUUUUAAUCUCUUCCUAAUUUCGAUUAUUAAAUGGAAUGUAUUGAUUCUUUUCAUAUUAAAACAAAUAAUAAUAAAGCGAUGGCGAGCAACGUGUCGAAUUGAGUACUUGUAAAUGAAAUUGAGAACAGGAUAAAUAGAUACGAUCGAAAGCUUUCAGAAUUUUGAUGACUUUGAUGAUUUGAAUCUUCCAUACCGACGUAGAAGACUGGUCGUUAGCUCCAUCUUCAGCGCAGAAGAUGUGUUAUGAAUGAAUAAGAGAUAAAGUAGAACAAAAUUGCUUUGAUCAAAAAGAUUGUAUUAGCAAAUUGAGUGAAAAUUUGCACAAACAAUGUUUUCCAGAUAUUUUAAAUAAUUGUUAAAUUAUAAAAGUUCUCAAGUGAGAAACAUGGUCCUCGUAGACUUUCCAUUAAAAUGCUAACUUACUUUUCACUAAUUAAUUUUUAAUUCAAAAAUAAUUUUCUAUAAAGAGUUUCUUAUUCAAAGAAGAGAUAUUUUAAGAGAUAUCUUUAACCAUAUACAUGCUGGCAAUUUUGUAUUUGAAACAUGAAAGUGAGAAAAAUAAAAUCAAGUUAAAGUUUAUAUCCAAAAAUGAUCAAAUCAAUAAAGAAAGUUUACAUUCUUCGAAAUUGUUCAAAUUGCAAACUAUAAGAGGCCUUCUUAGAAAAUUUUUUAUCACAGUGGAAAAUAUAAAGAGACUGUUCUAUUAUUUGCAAAUUCUAAUGAGUUACUGGGAAAAAACAUAAAUAUAUAAAUUAUUCCAAAUAUAAAACUCUAUUUUAUUUUUCAGUUGUAAGAACAUAGAGAUCGAGUUACAGAAACUCAGUAACUUUACUUCUAGUCGCGUAUUUCCGUAUUGUCCGUAAUUAUCAAUUAGCAUCGAUAUGCUGAAAGCUGGUCGAUUCUUUAGAGCAAAAAGGAAAGGAAGAAAAAUAGGAUAGCAGAGGCCAGGCUGAGACAGAAACGAGUUUAGAACCAACAUUGCCGGUUACACGAAGGAAGUUGCGAGGGCCGUAGUCAUUAAUCCCGCAUUCGACCAAACAUAACGUGCGAGUAAUUCUCCUUGUAACGAGAUUAACGUUCGCGCGGGACGUUUAACGAGAGGAAGAAAGAACGAAAAGAGAAGGGGAAUCGAUAGAAAGGUGUAAAGGGGGAGAAUGGGAGAGAAAGAUAUAGGAUUUUCUACGAAGCUUAACGUCUAUAACUGGACAAUAAUUGAGAUGAGGCGAUCGAGGAUUCGAUUUAAAGAAAAAAAGUAAAAAUAAAAAUAAAAAAACGUACGGGUGGGGAGAGAGAGAGAGAGAGAGAGAGAGAGAAAGAUGAAGAAGUGUUCGAGACUUGUGAUUGCUCGAAAUUCCUAACGAGUUAUAUUUGUACAUUUACUUUACGAGAAACCUUAAUAUAUUUCACUCGAUCGGUGGAUUAUAGCGCAUGCGACUGAAGUAUACCAGUUUUAAGAGUCUUACGCUUAAAAGUAUAGCAAAUGCUUUUUCGUUCUCGGACCAGCCUACGAAUGUAUUAUUCCUCGAAUGGGAAAAGAACGACGAAGGCGCGCUCGACCGCGCGUCCAUGUCCGAGGCAGCUCGUUUCGUUUAUUCGGGAAAAAAGAAUGGAAAACGUAAAUAAAAAAAAAAGAAGCAUUUGUUUCGUCGACUCAACUCACUACCUAAAUAACUGUAAACUGCGUAAUAAAUAUAAUUAUUAUUGUUCCUUCUCGAUA